AUGUCUCGGGCACAGUUUUUCAGAAAUUUUCUGACGAGAUACUUGCGAGCUCAACUUCCAAAUAAAGAGUCAACGUUGGCCAAGUUCCAUUUUCCAGUUGCAACCCAUACAAUCAAAACGAUAAAAACGGAUGAAACCAUAACGUUGAAUGGGCAUCUUAACAGAAAACCAAGAGUGAGGAGCUCGAGGAGCUUCGCUGAGUUGAGAGAUGCAAAUGGCGACACUAUUCAAUUAUUGUUGGACCCAGAACAUACCCCAUUGGAAUUUCUUGAGCUAGUCAAGUCUAGUGGUGCCGAAGACUCAGUCAGUGUCAGUGGGUUUGUUAAACAGAAGCACCAAAGAGAUAACGAUAUUGAACAAGAAUUGGUUGUUAAAAACUUCCAGAUUCUUAAUAAUAGUAAUUUAGAUGCUGCAAGACUUGAUAAAUUGAAGCAUUCUAACCCCAAUGAUUUACCUCCUCAAUUUAGAUACUUACAGUUAAGAACAAAGUUUUUUCAAAACUCUUUGAAAACAAGAAGCAAAGUUGCCAACUUGAUUCGUAACAUUUUGAUCAAUAAUCAUGAUUUUGACGAGAUUGAAACUCCGCUCUUGUUCAAGUCUACUCCAGAGGGUGCAAGAGAAUUCUUAGUCCCCACAAGAUCACCAAACUUAUUUUAUGCUUUACCGCAGUCACCACAGCAAUAUAAACAAAUCUUGAUGAGUUCAGGCUUCACGAAAUAUUUCCAAAUUGCAAAAUGUUUUAGAGAUGAAGACUUGAGAGCUGAUAGACAGCCGGAAUUUACUCAAGUCGAUAUGGAAUUAAGUUAUAUAAACUCAAGUGAUCAAGUUGGUAUCGUAGUUGAAGACAUUAUACAUAAUGUUUGGAACAAGAUUGGAAAAAUGCCAACUUACAGAGUCAAUGACAAUAAUAUGCUUGAGAAAGUUACCGAAUUUGACUCGUUGCAAUUCACAAAGCUCAAGUACCGUGACGCUUUGGCUAAAUAUGGUAUCGAUAAACCCGAUUUGAGGUCUAGCUUGGAAUUGGUUAAUUUGUCCAAAUUCUUCACGUCUAAGAAUCCAGAUUUUCCGAUAGUAGAAGCUUGUGUCCUUAAGAAUGUUGAAGGUAAAAUUCCAAAAUGCCUAACUGAUUCAAAUAACUAUUCUAGACGUAAACCAAUCGUUAUAUCCAUAAAUGACCCAAAUACUUGGUAUAAAAAGUUUGUUGAGAAACAUGUGAUCAACCUAGCACCGGAGUUCGAUGAAUCUGCUUUGAGAGCUGAACUUGACUUAGAAUCUGGUGAUGUCUUAGCUUUUAGUAAUAGAGCCGAGUUACCUUAUGAAAAUCCAACACCUUUGGGUAGAUUUAGACAACUAGCAAUGAAUGAGUUUCCCAACAAAUGGAAUAGAAAACUUGUCGAUGAUGCGGAAAAUGUAACGACUGAUUAUGAUUCUUCUCGAGUAUUUGUUGGUUCUUGGGUUGUCGAUUUCCCACUAUUCAAUCCCAUUGAAACCAGUGAAGCUGGUGAUGAUUUCCCAAGCUAUGAUUUCAAUAGAUUUGAAUCGACUCAUCAUCCUUUCACCAUGGCCAAAUUGGAAGACUUUGAUUACUUAUCCACUGAUCCUUUAACAGUAAGAGGUGAACAUUAUGAUUUGGUGAUCAAUGGUGUUGAAGUCGGAGGAGGAUCAAGAAGAAUUCAUGAUGCAGAAUUACAAAAAUACAUUUUUGAAGAAAUUUUACAAAUUACAAAUUAUAAUGAUUUAUUUGGCCAUUUAUUGCAUGCGUUGAGCAUGGGAUGUCCUCCUCAUGCCGGUAUAGCUUUAGGAUUCGAUAGAUUAUGUGCUAUGUUAAUUGGUAGCCCAAGUAUCAGGGAUGUGAUUGCAUUUCCUAAAAAUCAAUCUGGAGUUGAUCCGGUAGUCGAAAGUCCAACCGGUGUACCUGAGAAAACUUUAAAAGAAUACUACAUUCAAAACUUGUAA